CCAAACCGAAAUUCGAGAGAAGAAAAAAUAAGCCACGCACACCAACCCCAUCUCCCAUCCCGAGCGAGGCAGCCAAAGCCCGGCGCAAAUCACAGCCUCGUUUCCCCUCCCCUCCCCUUCCCCUCCUUCCUCAUUACUCUCUCGCCGCCCGUCUCCUCGCGGCGCUAGAAACCAAGAGAGGAUCUCCUCCUCCCUACCUCCUCCGACCCCGAUUCGCCGCCGCCAUCCCGAGUGCUCCCGAUGGAUUUGGAUCUGUGGAUCUCUAAGGUCAAGGAGGGCCAGCACCUCGCCGAGCACGAACUCCAGUCCCUCUGCGAAUACGUGAAGGAGAUCCUCAUCGAGGAGUCCAACGUGCAGCCGGUGAACAGCCCCGUAACAGUGUGCGGAGACAUCCACGGGCAGUUCCAUGACCUGAUGAAGCUCUUUGCGACCGGGGGGCACGUCCCCGAGACGAAUUAUAUUUUCAUGGGCGAUUUUGUGGACCGUGGCUUCAACAGCUUGGAGGUUUUCACAAUACUUUUGCUACUAAAAGCGAGGUAUCCUGCUCACAUAACCCUUCUCCGUGGAAAUCAUGAAAGUAGGCAGUUGACACAGGUGUAUGGUUUCUAUGAUGAGUGCCAGAGGAAGUAUGGGAAUGCAAAUGCAUGGCGGUACUGCACUGAUGUUUUUGAUUACCUUACACUUUCAGCAAUCAUUAAUGGCCAAGUCCUUUGUGUUCAUGGCGGUCUUUCUCCCGAUGUACGCACUGUUGACCAGAUACGAACAAUUGAUCGCAAUUGUGAAAUCCCCCAUGAAGGUCCUUUCUGUGAUCUGAUGUGGAGUGACCCUGAAGAGAUAGAGACAUGGGCUGUUAGUCCUCGUGGAGCAGGUUGGCUAUUCGGAUCACGAGUGACAGCAGAGUUCAACCAUAUUAAUGGUAUUGAGCUAGUUUGCCGGGCUCACCAGCUGGUCCAGGAAGGCCUAAAGUACAUGUUCCAGGAGAAGGGCCUUGUAACUGUGUGGUCUGCACCUAAUUAUUGCUACAGAUGUGGCAACGUUGCUUCUAUACUAAGCUUCGAUGAGAAGAUGGAAAGAGAUGUUAAAUUCUUCACUGAGACAGAGGAGAACAAUCAGAUGCGAGGCCCAAGGACUGCCGUCCCAUAUUUCCUCUGACUUCAAUUGUACAAUUUUAGAAGUCAGUGUUUUAAUCUGUAAGGGCUAAAGAUCAUCCAGAGGUGUUUAUUGUUGUAGGCUCAGAUCAUAGUGCAAUUUGAUGCGUUUGAUUUACCCGUUCUUUUAACCACAUGUACAAUUGACCAUUGGGAGUGUCAUAUACUCCUGUAUUCCUUAUGACACUGUCAAGUUUUGUUUCUGAUUUAUUUCACGUGUUAUUUGUUAUCGUGAACCAUAGAUGCAUUGUGCAGCAAACAAAAAAAAAGGUUGGGUUUGUCUUUUA